AUGGUUGUAGCGGCGAGGGCGUAUCAUAAAGGUGAAUUGGAGCUAAAUAGCGUUAAGUUGGAAUUAAUUGGAAAAGGUGGUUUCGAUUAUACUAUUAAAGAACUAAAUAGACUAUCGAUAGAAGUCGAGACAUUAAAAGCUGUUAAAUCAGGAUAUGUGGUCCAGUAUUACGACUCGUGGACAGAAAACAUUAAUUAUUGCAUUCAAAUGGAGUACUAUGAAUCGAAAGAUCUUCAGAAUAUUCUGGAAAUGAAAAAACUAGUAUUUGAUCGACAAUCGGGCGAAGCCAUGGAUUGUGUCGAUGUUCAGUAUUUGCAUGAAUUGAAUCCACAGAUAAUUCACAGAGACCUCAAACCCGAAAAUAUAUUAAUUGCUAAAUAUGUAAGGAAUGGUAGAUUUGUUAAGUUAUGCGACUUUGGUUUGGCUACAGUUCACAAUAAACGCAUACAUAAUAGAACAACACAAAAGCACACAUCAGAUGUCGGAGAUAUAAGAUAUAUGGCACCGGAAGUAACUCAGGGACAGAAAUAUAAUCAUAAAUCGGAUAUCUAUAGUCUGGCACUAAUUGCGGGGAAAAUAUUUGAUUUUGAUUCCGAAACCAUAUUCAUCAAGAUAUGGACCGCUAAACUCACCCGUACUCAAACUUAA